CACAAAAUUUCAGUGGCUAAAGGGAUUGAAAUACAGAAAUUUAACUACUGUUAAAACAUAAACGUAACGCUUUUGUUUACUAAAAUGGCAGAUGAAGACGAAACUAAAGAAUACCGAUGGGAGUCUGGAUAUGAAAAAACAUGGGAAGCUAUAAAAGAAGAUGAUGAUGGCUUGCUAGAAUCAAAUGUAGCUGAAUUAGUUGCUAGGGCAAAGAGGAAAAGAGCUGCCCUCAAAGCAUCAGGUGCAAUCCAACUUGGGAUGAUGAGACACUUGUUUGUUAUUGUGGAUUCUUCUGAAUGCAUGUUUUUGCAAGAUUUAAAACCUACUCGUUUUCUUUGUGUUUUGAAACUCCUUGAGGUUUUUGUUCAUGAAUUCUUUGACCUUAAUCCAAUAAGUCAAUUGGGAAUCCUGACAACAAAGCUCAAACGUAGUGACAAAAUCACAGUACUUGCUGGUAAUCAGAAGAAACAUAUUGAGGCUUUGCAACACUUAAAGGAUUUGUCUUGUGAAGGGGAGCCCUCUCUUCAAAAUUCAUUGGAAAGAGCUAUGAAUGGGCUUAAAAACAUGCCUGCCCAUUCCAGUAGAGAAAUCUUAGUGUUGUUUGGAAGUUUGACUACUUGUGAUCCUGGUGACAUACAAAAAACGAUCAAGUCGUUAAAAGACAAUAACAUUCGGGUUUCUAUCAUCGGGUUGGCCGCAGAAGUACGAAUAUGCCGAGAAAUCGCUAAAAAAACCGGCGGCACGUAUAACGUUCUUAUUGACGAUCAUCAUCUGAAAGAACUUAUCUUAAGCCAAGUGCAACCACCAGCUGUAGCAGGUUCAAUAGAAGCAUCACUGGUAAAAAUGGGGUUUCCUGGAGGUACUCCCACACUAAACGAUGGUACUUCAGACUCAUCCGCUGAUCACGCACCCGCUUAUUGUCUUUGUCACAUCGAUAGCGAAACGUCAAGUUUGAUGGGUCCCAAUGGCUAUAACUGCCCACAGUGUGGCAGCCGUUAUUGUGAGCUCCCGGUUGAAUGUAAACAAUGUGGGCUGACAUUAGUUUCUGCGCCGCACCUUGCUCGCUCUUAUCACCAUCUCUUUCCUAUUAAACCGUUCGUAGAACGAGCACAAGUCCCUGAUGCGACGCAUUGUUUCGCAUGUGCUAAACUGUUCGUUGAAGCAGAAACUAAUGUUUACGAGUGUGAAAACUGUAAUCAGAUAGUUUGUCUGGAUUGCGAUCUAUUUAUCAGGGAAACUUUGCACACGUGCCCUGGAUGUGCUAGUGAUCCUGUGACAGCUCAAAUGAAAACAAAUUAAAUAAAUGUUUUUUUCUCAUUGAUA